CCCUCUGCGUCCCCGGCGCGCAGGCGCGGGCAGGUGCGCGCCGUUUGAAAGUAUGGCGCCGGGCGGGCGGGUGGUGCUGUGUGAGGAGAAGAUCCGGGAGAAGAGCGGCCUGGCGCCUCCCUGCGACCUGGCUGAACUUCGGUCAUUAUCUAUUCCUGGAACUUACCAAGAAAAGAUUACUCACCUGGGAAAUUCUUUGAUGAAUUUAACAAGUCUAAAAUCUCUAGAUCUCUCACGAAACUCCUUGGUUAGUCUAGAGGGCAUUGAAUGCCUGACGGCGCUGGAGAGCCUCAACCUCUACUACAACCGCAUCUCCUCGCUGGCGGAGGUCUUCCGGCUCCACUCCCUGGCGGGGCUCUUGGACGUGGACCUGCGGCUGAACCCCGUGGUGAAGAGCGAGUCUGACUACCGCCUCUUCGUGGUGCACAUGCUCCCGGGGCUCCAGCAGCUGGAUGACCGCCCCGUGAGGGAGAGUGAGCGGAGAGCGUCCCGGCUGCAUUUUGGUUCGGAGGAAUCGCUGGACUCAGAGCAGAGCUUCCCAUCUGUUUUCAGAGAAGAAAGACCUCAUCACUCCAGAGUCAAGUGCACUGACUCCUCCGCCAAGAAGUGCUUGGUCAUGGAUGCGGAUGACGAGGCGGUCCUGAGCCUCAUUGCUGAGUGCGAGUGGGACCUGAGCAACCCUCCUGGGGGCAUGAGUUCCAGCCAGAAGGAGUCAGAGGCCAGCCUCCAGACCUCCCAAGCAGAGUCGCGGCACCGACUGAGCCCUCAGUCAGUCCAGCACCAGUGCGGGGACUCUCUGUGGAAGGGCCCUGAGCGGCGCAGGAGCAGCUCCAGGGCGGGCUGCGUGGAGCCGAGGCUGCAGGACCAGCACUGCGGCGAGCUCCCCCCACAGCGCUUCACCCCAGACUCCACGGAGACUGAGGACUCAGGCGCUUCUUCUCAGAAGUCCAGUGUGUCGACACAAAAGAUGUUAAACCCCCUACCUGCUCCUGAGAAGUACAGGAAGCGGAGGAUGCCUGGCGGGAGGUUCCAGGCGCCUGCGGACGAGGCCUGUCUCAGCUGUCUGGAGGGGAGCCUGAGUGUGAGCCGGAGGGGCAGUUCAGAGGGCUGGGGCCAGGCCGCCUCUUCCCUCUCGGCCACCCCGGGGCCCGAGCAGCCAAGACCGCCCAGCGCCAGCGAGGCAUGUCCCAAACUGCACUCCACCGUGCUGCCCGGGAAGAAGGCCACCCUGGAGGCGCUGUUCCUGGAAGCGCUCCUCGACCUGGUGGACAGGCACUGGAGUGGCCGCAGGUCCCUGCACAGCAGCGAAGCCUUCCUUGCUCAGGCGAGACACAUUUUGUCGUCUGUUCAAGAGUUUACAACCACUCAGGACACUUCGACAACUGUGAAUGAAGAAAUUAGCUCUCUGACUCUGGAAAAUAAGACUUUGCACAGUCGCCUUGCUGAGCUUCAGCAACAGUACGGCGUGAAGAUGACUGAGGUGGUGCUGGAGCUCAGCGACACGCGGAAGGAGAUGGAUUACCUGAGGCAGCAUCUGGACAGAUCUCUGGAGGAGAGCAGUAGCUUGAAGUCACUUUUGUUGAGCAUGAAGAAAGAUGUGAGGACCGCUGACGCUCCGUCCGCACUGAACCUGCAGAUCUCCGGACUCCAGGCGAGCGUGAAGCGGCUCUCGGGCGAGCUUGUGGAGCUCAAGCAGCACCUGGAGCACUAUGACAAGAUCCAAGAACUCACGCAGAUGCUGCAGGAGAGCCACAGCUCCCUGGUCAGCACCAACGAGCGCCUGCUGCAGGAGCUGGACCAGGUGCGGGCGCAACACCAGGCGGAGGUGGAGCAGCUGCACUGGAGCUACAAGGAGCUCAAGAAGACCCUGGCACUGUUCCCUGGCAGCCCCCGAGACGCGCGGCCCGCCUCCCCGCCGCGCGCCCUGUGAGCCCCUCUUCGCUGUCUUCAGGGCCCAAAACAUCCUAAAAAGACAGGUUCAUCCACACCCUUCACGUGUCAGUCCGUCAAAUGUCUACUUUUUCAUCAACUGUCUUGAGGUAAAGAAAAUGUUGCAUUUUUCUGCUUAACGUGCAAGAAAGCAGCUCUUUAGGGCGAUUAAAGAAAAUAAUUUAUUGUGUAACAGGCAACCUUAUUUAAUAAACACGUUCUAGAAAGUG